AUGUCGAAACGCACAGCAGUAUCGAUCGGUGCAAGCAAAAGAACAAAGAGGCUUGACAGCAAGUAUUCGGUCAAACCAAGUGAUGAAUCGAUGAAAAAAGACACUUUAUUUGUUUGGGUUGAUAAAAACGUCAACGAAAAUCAACGAAUCCAAACCAGUAUAAAACAAUUGGAGUUAUCUUUUACACGUGCCAUCGUAACGGAUGAUUCUCAACGAUGUAAACAAUGGUUAAAGAAAUACAGCGGUGAUGAGAAUAUUUUUCUGAUUGUAUCUAACGCUUUAUUGAUGAAAGUCUUGCCUCAUAUUCAUUCAUUAUCGGCUAUUACUCGUGUGUACACAUAUGGCCCAAACCGCACAGGUGACGAUCGUUGGGCUAAAAACUAUCCGAAAGUUCGAAAAAUGGCUCCUAACAUAAAACAGUUAGUAGAAGCGAUAUCCAUGGAUUUGAAAGAUGUUCAACAACGUGAGAAUAUGAAGAUAGAGUGUGUGCAUCAACACUUAACCAGAAGCAUUGUGAGUCGAGAUUAUGAGAAGAAACCUACGAAAGACGACAAAGAAGGGGUGAGAACAGGCAUUACUAACUUUCAAUUUAUACUCAUUGAUGUGACAAAAAACCUGAAUGAGCAUGCGCGUGCUAUGUUGAAUGCUUUGAUAUCGAUGACACCCGCAGCAAUUCGUGUUUUUGAUGAUGGAUUAAACAUAAAUUUUCAGCAAUUACCUGACCAACCUACGUUUCUUUUUGUUAGCAACGCAUUCGCUGGUACAAUGGAUAAAAAAGCAAAACAAUUCGAAGGGGUCUAUAUUUUAACAGGAGAUGAAGACCGAGUCGAUCAUCGGACACGUUUCGAAAACAGUGAAGAUCUCAUUUUCCAACUAGCUGAUGAGAUAUACCGAUGCUACAUAAAAGAAGCAGAUCAAUAUCUGAACUCUGGUAAUAGCUUGACAGCAGAAAUCAAGAAACAACAAGCAAAUCAAGUUCAUAGCAAUGUGAAACGAGCAUACACGUCAGUCUGCGAUCAUCAAGCAAUUACAUACAAAUUCGACGAUGCAGAUGGUUUUGCAUGA